UCAGUUUUAUCUAUUUCAGUUCCGUAUUCUCUUUAAUUUAGCAUGAGUUUCGUUUACAAUAAUUUACAGUAAUUUAGUGGUUUAUUAUAUUAAUUAUUACAGGAAUGGCCCUAUUGACUGGUUUUACCGUUGCACGGGCGUGACGAUUUCGGCUUCAUUAAUUUGAAAAAUAUUUCAUUCAAGCUCGGCUAUAGCGCGGCUAUAGCGGACAAUUGGAAACUGUGCAUUUCUCAUCUGACCUUAAAAAUUAGUAUUAUGCAUUGAUUGAUUAUUGUACCUUGUUUUUAUACGAGUUACGGUAUCAGCUUUGUGUGCUCAAUCUUGUUUAUGCUUGCAAGGUGCUGUCUAUUAACUGUUAUUAGGCCCGAGUAGUACUUCAGUGUGCCUUCAUUCCCCUCUCCUGGCAACAUCCCUUCCCGUUUGAGUCGAUGUGUUUGUCUCGAUCCCGUCAGACGUCCAUGCGCAGGUGAAGAAAAUGGCAUGUCUAGAUUGGGGGGUCACUCAUGUGGAUAAUGGCGGCUAUGACGCGUUUGGUCCGGAUGUACAGCCCUUCUUCUCCGUACCCAGUCCGCAUAUGUUUGAUUAUGCGCCCAUUGAAUAUGGAGAAGCGCAGAGCAGCAGCGGCAGCGAUGUGACGCUGAAUUGUGUGGACAUGGAUACGGGUAAACGCCAUCUUGGAUCGUACAUCGAGGGUCAGUGGUCGGGUAACACGGCCCUGGAACGCUUCAGCCACAAUCUGCAGAUGGUGAGCAGCGAUAACGCUGUCAACUACGGCGUGGAUGACGCGAUGACUGUACCAUCGCGUGACCGUUCCCUGAACAAUGGCCCCAAUGGCAGUGUUUUUGCCCUGCACAACAUGUAUCCGGGCAAGCUGGAUCCGGCCAUGGAGAUGGAGCGGAUGGUGGCGUUGGCGCGACAGUUAAACAUCAGCGGUGUUUUACGCGAGCGUCCCGACGCUCCUCCUCGACCGGCAGGACAGUCGCCGCGCAAGCCACUGAGCAUGCCCCGUUCCAAUGCGUCGCCACCGAGCCACCACGGGCAUGGUCGUUCCCGCAACUUCUCGCUGCCACUGGAUUCAUCGGGCAACAGUGGCCAUGCACGGAAUCCGUGUGCGGCAUGGCGCUCCCCGUCGCCGGUUUUCAUUAAUGGACGUCUGAAUCAUCGCGAUGGGCGCGAGCAGCACCAGCGCAAUCCAUAUGCGCCUUCCGGUCACGAUUACAAUGAAGGCGGCAAUCGUCAGCCGGUCAACCCGUAUGCUGACCACCAGGCCACCGGCGAUCACAAUCCACGUCAUGGCAACCACCACCUGCAUUCGCCGCAUCGUAAUGGCCGCGGACGGAUGCGCGGCGGCCAGAUGAACAACAUGCACCAUCUGCGCCACAAUGGACCACUGUCCAAACCGUCGCCCAGUGUGGACUUUUUUGAAACUCUGAAUGCGCAGGACGCGCAGGCAGCCACCGUGCCACACCGUCAGCAGGAUUUGGCUGUUGUGAGCACAUUUGGCGAAGCGGGGCAAUCGGCUGGACAAUUCAAUAUGCCGCAGGGCUUGUGUCUUGGAUUGAAUGACGAAAUUAUUGUAGCAGAUACACUGAGCCACCGCAUCCAGAUCUUCGACAAGAAGGGGAAUUUCAAAUUUUUAUGGGGUAUUUCCGGUGUCAAGAAGGGACAAUUGUGGCAUCCGCGCAAGGUGGCUUUCAUCCCCAAGACGGAGCACAUCGUGGUGAGUGACCGGGUCAAUGGCUGCUCGCGCAUUCAGAUCUUUGAACGGACUGGUGCAUACAUCAACACGCUGGGCAAUCUGCACAGUCUGCGAAUGGCUUUGAACACAACGACGGCUGGUUUGACCGUCUUCAAUGAUCAGAUUGUCGUCGUGGAAGUGCAACCACCGGCGUGUGUCAUUCUGAAAGAAGACGGCCAUGUUCACCACUGGUUCUCGCUGGAGAGCGUCAUGGUGGAGCCGUCGGAUGUCGUGGUCAUUGAUCACAAGUUUUACAUCAGUGACUUCCGGGGACAUUAUGUCUGUGUGUUCAACACCUGGGGCAAUCUGCUGCAGCGCCUGGGCGCUUCCAAUCAGGAGGGCAUUGUCCGCUUUCCGCGCGGAUUGGGUCUGACGCCCAAUGGAAAUCUGCUGGUGGCCGAUACGGAUCUCAAUCGCUUUCAUGUGUCGGUGUGGAGCGCCGAUACCGGCGAUUUGAUUGGCUACCAUGCGUUAUUGGAUAUGAAGGUGAGCCACAGUUGUGGCAUUGUGAUGAAUCAGGAUGGGGAGCUGAUCACGGCGGUAAAGAAGGAUCACAUGGUGCUGGUGAUGCGUAUCCAGGAGGGCAGUAGCGGAUACGUGCGUAAUGUGCAUGCCGGUUUGAAUGUGGACGCACCGGACUUUCAGUAUCAGAUUGCCGACAAGGACGCCACCGUUCCGUGAAGGUCGACGUGUGUGCGCAUGGGGGACGUGAUGGCGCGCGCUGUGUUACUGUGUGAGGAUGUUUUGUUCUUUCUACGACCAAAGUGUUUUCAUACCUUUAUAGUUUUGCAAUUUUUUAAUCAAAUGGUUUAGCCUUUUCUUUUUUGCCCCCCUCCCUCAGAAUUUAAUUCGGCGAUUGUUUUUCGUGUGCUCAGUGAAUUUGUGUAGUGUGUCGGCGUUUAUCGUUUAGAUCUUGUGUUUAAUUGGGUUUAUUAUUUUUUUGUCAACUUUGG